UUAGCGUCAAGACUGAACGAAACGAGUAUACACGGUUUCAUGGUCUGUCUCUGUGACUUUUCUUCAUGCAAGACGGACCAGACUAGAAAGAUUAGACAUCUUUGUGUUGAACUACAUAGGCGGCCUUCCAAUUCUUAUAUUUUUUUGCUUCUUCCAAUUCUCUCUGGUGAACUACAUCAUUUUUUUUCUUGAUAUUUUCUUUGAAAAUUUGCACAAAUCUAGUCUUGAGCGAAUGUUUCUUUCCUCAACGUUCCUUGUUUCCACCUUGGCAGUCAUGAUUGAUCAUUUUCAACUCACAGCUUCAUUGGGAAAGAUUUCCAGUGUUGUGGGUGCCCAGGUCAGCUCUUAUUAUUUAUGUUGACUUUUUUGGUCGUCGUGGUGAAGAAGAUGAGAAGAAUAGUUCCAUUCUUUGCGUUUUUCAUUAUAUGGAAUUUUGAUUUUUAUUAGCAUAAUCAUAUAUAAUUUCUUCUUUGGUCAUCGCCUUCUCUUAAGAAUUCAUCGACCCCUUUGGUUGAUGGGAAAAGCCGAGAAUUAUGCAUCCUUAUCUUUUAAUCUUUUGUUUUUUUAUUGACACACGCACACAAAAUUCGUGACUUAAUGAGCUUAAUCAAUUUCUUGUCUUGUUGAUCGAUUAUUUAAAAUUCAGACAUACUGAAAUAGAGAUUUUUAUUUUUUUUGGGUCAUAGAAAAUUUUAAUUAUAUAUGAAACUGGAGUCCUGAUUUUAUUUUCUGAUUGCCAUUUUUCUCAUGUCAUGUGGUUUUUGGGUAUCUUCCUUAUGUGAGGUAUAUAGUAAAUGGGAUUGAGCAUCUUCUUCAGCUGAGUUGUGUGCUGGGAUUGGUGACGAUACUGGUCGACAAAAGUCAUUAGCUGGUAAGGAAAUGGUAAUGGAUGUUAUAACUAAUCCGUCUCUUGGUCCGAUAAUGGAACUCCUUCCUCAAACUAUAGAGGCCAUCAUUGAAGUAUCAAUUACUUCCAAAAAUGUCCUCAUUAAGGAGAAGAGUUUUCAAGAACUCUCAUCUUACCUAGAUCGCAUCAUUCCUCUCUUACGGGAGUUGAAUGGGAAGGACAUUAGUGAUUCAAAAGGCUUGGAAAACUUUGUGGAGAUUCUUUACCGGGAGACGAAGGUUGCUAAACAGCUUAUUGGGGAUUGCAGGGAGAGAAACAGAUUUUAUCUUUUUGUGAAUUCCAGGUCAAUUGCUAAGCGCAUAGAAGACAUUACCAAAGAGAUUACCCAUGCAAUGAGUUGCAUUCCUUUGGCUUCUAUAGAUAUUUCAGUGGCGACCAGAGAAGAUAUUGACCAGCUAGUUAAUAACAUGAGAAAUGCUGAGUUUAGGGCUGCCCUUGCGGAAGAAGAGAUUUUGGGAAAAAUCGAAUCAGGAAUACAGGAAAGGAAUGUUGAUCGCUCCUAUGCCAAUAAUUUGCUUGUCUCUAUUGCAAAGGCUGUUGGAGUUCCAACUGAUCGAGCAGCAUUGAAAAAGGAGUUUGAAGAGUUUAAGAGCGAAAUAGAAAAUUUACGGUUGAGGAAAGACAAGGCUGAAGCCAUACAGAUGGAUCAAAUUAUUGCUUUGUUGGAAAGGGCAGAAGUAGCAUCGUCUCUGGAGGAAAGAGAAAAGAGGUAUUUAAUGAAGAGAGCAUCUUUAGGUAAUCAGCCUUUAGAACCUCUCCAGUCCUUCUACUGCCCAAUCACUAAAGAGGUAAUGGUUGAUCCUGUGGAAACUCCUUCAGGACAUACAUAUGAGAGGAGCGCCAUAGAGAAGUGGUUGGAAGAGCAAGAUGGUCACUUGUGUCCCAUGACCUUGACUCCACUAGAUACUUCAAUGCUGAGGCCUAACAAAACACUAAGGCAAUCUAUUGAAGAAUGGAAGGACAGAAACACUAUGAUCAUUCUAACUUCCUUGAAAUCUAGACUAUCAUCUGGAGAGGAUGAGGAAGUGCUUCAAUGCCUAGAACAGCUGCAAGAUCUUUGUGAACAAAGAGAAAUGCACCGAGAAUGGAUUGUAUUGGAGAAUUACAUACCGUGUCUUACUAAGCUUCUUCGUGCUAAAAAUGGAGAUAUCAGAAAGCGUGCUCUUGUCAUCCUUUGCUUGCUGGGAAAGGAUAAUGAUGAUGCCAAGGAAAGAAUUGCUAGAGUUCGCAAUGGCAUGGAAUUAAUUGCUAAGUCUCUUGGACGUCGCAUUGGGGAAGGAAAAUUAGCAGCUGCAUUACUUUUGGAACUCUCAAAAUGUGAAUCAGUCCGUAAAUGCAUCGGAAAUGUCCAGGGCUGCAUACUUCUUCUGGUCACCAUGUUAAGCGGUGAUGACAAUCAAGCUGCCAGAUAUGCAAAAAACAUUUUGGACAAUCUUUCAUUCUCAGAUGACAAUGUUAUCCUCAUGGCAAAGAAUAAUUAUUUUAAAUACCUCCUGCAGCGUCUUUCUUCAGGACAUGAGGAUGUGCAGAUCAGAAUGGCAAAAACUUUGGGAGAGAUGGAAUUAACCGAUCAUAAUAAAUCAUCUCUGGUUGAAGAGGGUGUCAUAGAUUUACUUCUUGUCUUGAUCUCACAUGAUAACGUUGAAAUGAGUAUAGUAGCAAUUGGAGCCCUGCUGAACCUGUCAACAUUACGAAAGAAUAGCCAGGAGAUGAUAAGAAAAGGUGUUAUGCGUCCGUUGCUUGACAUUCUCUUCAAUCACAAAUCAUCUCAAAGUUUGAGGGAACUUGUAGCUGCUGUUCUUGUGAAGCUCUCACAGUCAACGACAGUUCAACAUCCGGGAGAAUCACAGGUUUUGAUGUUGGAAUCCGAUGAGGACAUAUAUAAACUAUUUUCGUUAAUUAACUUAACAGGACCAGCUGUGCAGGAAAAUAUUCUCCAGGCAUUAUAUGCCCUGUGCCUAUCUACUUCUGGUAUUACUGUCAGGGAAAAACUGAGACAGUACUCAGCCGUGCAAGUGUUGGUUCGAUUAUGUGAGCUUGAUGAUCUGAGUUUACGGGCAAAUGCUGUUAAGCUGUUAUAUUGCGUGACUGAAAAUAAUGAUGGCACUGCAAUCUUGGAGCAUGUGGAACGGUCAUCAAUUGAGGUAUUACUCAAUGUCAUGAGGACUUCUAAAGACGAGGAAGAAAUUGCUUAUGCAAUGGGCAUUAUUGCUCACCUUCCUGAUCCCACACAAAUCUCUGGGUGGCUGUUGGAAUCAGGUGGUGGUCCUAUAAUUUUUAGUUUUCUUCCUGAUGACAAGAAUAGCUGUCACCAAAGAAGUCAGUUGAUCGAGAAUGCUGUUGGAGCUAUAUGUCAUUUAACUGUUCCAACGAACCUGCAAUCACAGAAGAAAGUAGCUGAAGCUGGGAUCAUUCCAGUGUUGGUGCAGUUGUUAGAGGUGGGGACCAGUCUGACAAGAAGACAAGCUGCAAUUUCUCUUGGUCAGCUUUCAGUGAGUUCUCCUACGCUGAGUAGGCGAAUCCCAAGGCAUCAGGGUUUUUGGUGCUUCUCCGCUAUACCAGAGGCAGGUUGCCCCGUUCAUGGAGGAAUUUGUACUGUAGAAUCCUCAUUUUGUCUACUAGAGGCUGGUGCCGUCGUACCUCUCGUAGGAGUUCUAGGACAGCCAGAACCUGGAGCCUGUGAAGCUGCUUUAGAUGCGCUUCUGACUUUAAUUGAUGGUGAAAGGCUGCAAUGUGGUAGCAAGGUGCUUGUUGAAGCAAACGCUCUACCUGUGAUGAUAAAAUUAAUUAGCGGUCCUCCAAGGUUACAGGAGAAGGUUUUAAGUUCUUUAGAAAGGAUUUUUCGACUGGUGGAAAUCAAACAAAAGUAUGGACCCUCAGCUCAAAUGUCUUUGAUCGACUUGACACAAAGGGGAAACAACAGCUUGAGACCUUUAGCUGCCAGGAUACUUGCUCAGCUAAAUGUGCUGCAUGAUCAGUCGUCAUACUUUUAAGUGGAGAAUUAUCAUUGGGCGUCUGACUUGUUAGACUGGAUAAAGGGUUGGCGACACUAAUCCCAUUCUCACUUCUGAAAGAACUGUCGUCUAGUAUCAAUUGAUAUCUAUUCUCAGGCAUCAAAAUUUCAUUUCUUUAGUACUGAGGUUGUCGUCCCACUUAUCUGUAAAUACGACAGGUGCAUUUUUAUACUUGGAUCAGUAGCCCAUUGUGGGGUUUUACUAUUGUGACAGGGCCGUGAUAGGCCCUGUGGCAGGCACCAAUAGGCCGACGCCCCCUCCAAUAUUUGGUGCACUGUUACGGCCCCUGUUAGAGUAUCAAAACCCCCCAUUGUGCAUUCUUUUCAGUUGAUAGGAUCCUGAUUGUUUUGUUAUUGGCAGUAAAUUAUUAUAACAAGCUGUUGCUGAUAGACCUUGAUAAGUGUAUUUUACACUUAUUUGGGAUCUAAAAUAUAGACAUUUCUUAGUUCUUUU